UUAAAGUUUCUAUAUAACCAACUUCCUAGAGGAAAAGGGGUUCAUUUUUUAAGGCAUUGAAAGAGAGGGUUAGUGAAAGAGAGGGUUGAAGACUUCAAAAAUCUAAGAGGGUGGGGUGAAGUGGGGUUUGAUUUUUACCCUACAAGAAAGUUUGGUGUGCAGCAAAAAGAAGCUUUUAAACUGGGUGUCAAUGGAAGGGUUCGAGAGGUAUGGUAAGAAGAGGGUGAUGGUCGUGGUGGAUCAUACAUCAAAUUCUAAGCAUGCUAUGUUGUGGGCUCUGACUCAUGUGGCUAAUAAGGGUGAUUUGGUCACUCUUCUUCAUAUUGUUUCUCACUCAACAAACAGGCUCUCUGAAAUGCCUUCUGAUUCUUCUUCUUCCUCCUCAUUUCUUGCUAAUUCUCUUGGCUAUCUCUGCAAAGCUUCUAGACCUGAGGUAGAAGUUGAAGCACUGGUGAUUCAAGGCCCAAAACUAGAGACAGUUUUGAGCCAAGUGAAGAAGCUUGAGGCAUCUGUUUUGGUGGUACCCCAGAAAAAGCCUUCACUUUUUGGUUGCUUCUGUGGGACCAACAGCUCAGAGCAGCUUGUUGAACAGUGCAUCAACCAUGCAGAUUGCUGUACAAUUGGGGUUAGAAGACAGACCAAUGGCAUGGGAGGUUACCUUAUCAACACCAGAUGGCAGAAGAACUUCUGGCUUCUUGCUUAGUUGUCUUCUUCUACAUUUAACAGACAAAAAAAUAUCACCAAUGCAUUGUCCAUCAUGUUAGCUCUAAUCUUAAUCUUAACCCUGUAACUAAAAGGAAUGAGCUAGAUGCUCUUUAGAUUGUAGAACUCUUCAUCGUAGUUCAAUGUAUUCCUCUUCCCUAAGCAUUUUCAUAAUCAGAAAUUCACAUCUUUCAUUCCAA